AGUUGCCUGUAUGAGUAACGGCAUGUAACGGUUAAAAGUUUAAAUGCCAACUGACAACACAAAGCCUGGAAUAACCCUAAAUUCAAAGUGUUGAAAAACUAAGAAAAUCUAUAAAAAAUUGCAAUUGCCGAGCAAAAAACGUGUCACAUUCCUGAUUUUAUUUUUUGAUUAAUCCUUGUAGUGAUUGUAAUGUGUUCAUCAAAAUACGUGUAUUUAUGUUUAGUGAUUUUUUGGUAGAUAUUGACUAAUAAAUAUUCGGGCAAUAAUAUAGGACUUUCGUAGUGGAAAAUGCCUCACCGGAAGAGGUAUAGAAGAUAUCGAAGAAAAAAACAAACAUUUUCAGACAACGCAAACCAUGUAGAAAUAGUUGACAAAAUAACUAGCCCCUUACUAGAAAAUAAUUCCGUACUGGAACCUGACAACUCUCCUCACCACAGGACUGUUAUAGAAUCUUUAAAAACCCCUGCACAUCAUACAGAGACCACAGACAAGCAGUGGAAUAACGAAAUAACUACACCAGUUAAUAACUCGAACUAUCAAGAGUCUAAUCACAAUGCCUAUAAUACACUCACUACCCCAGUCAAUAUGAAUUGUGCAGACACAACUCCAACAAAUAAGGACUGCACACCAAAAAGGAGGCAUGGAUCCUUGAAUGUAACAAAUCUGAAUGUACUGUUCACGUCAAAUGUAACAUAUAAUGAUUUAGAUCAAUUAUAUGAGACUCCUACAUUGACUAAGAAUAUGUGUCUUCAAAAUCAAGUGAAUGAAAACAUUAGUAUUCGAAGACGUUCAAGAUCAUACACCCCUAAAGCUCACUGCCCUGUCAAAGAGAAGUCUAUGCAUGUUGAUAAGGGAACUCAGAUAGACGUAGUGGAGCCAGAAGCAACGGGUCAACUGCUUGAAAAAAGGUGCAAUGAAGUUUUCGACACGCCCAAGCAUGCGAAUCUACCACACUUUUCGAGGCUGGAGAGGUCACAGAGCAAUAUUGACAAAAAGCAAGUAAUAUACGGCAGCGAGAUAAACAUCAAUCCUUACUUGAAGAGUGUGGAAGGCUACCUGGGGAAGAAUGUUGAUAGUAGCUUUCCAGAGAUAUUCUUUUCGCCGAAACUGCUGGAAAACAAAUUGUCAUCAACUCCAAUCGAAAGGUCGGCUCAACGCAAACCAGACAUCGGUGCGGCUGUCGUAGACAUUAGUAAUGCCAUGCGUGACUUCACUGGUCACAUUGGCAGUCCAAAUCUGAAGAUAAACAGUCUUGUCGGAGAUAAGGUGAAACACAAAGAAGACAGUAUCCGUGACUUCCGCCUCAAUGUGUCUAGGAGGAGCUUCACUCUUUCACCAAAAUCGCUAGCAAGAGUCUCAAAAUUGAAUAGGUCUAGGCGGUCCACUGAACUGGGCACCCACGUGGAACGUUCCAUCGGUUCAAUUGAGAAUCAGGAGAGAUUCUUUACCAAAUUGAGACGUUAUGGCAGAAACACUAGGUCUUGGUCGUCAAGGAUUAUCUCCUUGUGUCAGAGGAUUGGCUCGGAGUUAAGGAAUGGUCUUCAAUCGCUGUGCAACCUUUACAAUCCCGGCAAUGUAACUCUUAACCUUUCUGUGAAUAGAACUAACAAUGACGAAAUAGUUGAAUGCAACAAGUGUGUGGAAUACAAAGUAGAACUUGAUAGACAUGCCAGGGAGAUCGAAAAUAAUAAAAGAGAGAUCGAAAAUAAUAGAAAAGAAAUUGAGAAUGAGAGAAGAGAGAAAGACAGACUGAGCAUCAGAAUUGAACAGCAACAGGAUGAAUUGGUCAAGCUAAAAGAAAACCUGAAGGAGAUCCAAAACCGAAUUCGAUCUUGUCCCCCUCCACCGCCACCGCCUUGUCCUACAUCAUUUCCCCCACCGCCGCCACCUCUUCCUAAUCCACCCCCUCCACCGCCGCCCCCUCUUCCCCCGCUGUCAUUAACCGCGCCCAGUUCCACUUCAUUAAAGAUCACUAAAAACGAGAAGAAUGGUGGGGGUAGGACUGCAGCUCAACCCAGGCCGGUGAUAUCCUUGGAGGAUAUAUUGAAGGUCAAGCUGAAGAAGGCUUCAGAUCGUUGCGGCUCGACACCAACCGGCCGCUUCGCCGGCACCCGUCGCGCUUCAGCCACCGUGCCACUAGAAACGCUGGAACAAGUUCGCCUGAGGCCCACGCCUCGAUUGGGCGGUAACCUCCCGUCGGAGGGUGGUCUGACCACGCCCACCACCGGUGACCCAAUCCCCACCAGCCCGAUGACAGCCAUGUGCAGGAUGCUGAAAGCAGACUCGGCAGCGGUGCAUAGGCUGAAACGGCUGCGAAGGAUUGGCGGUUACAGUUGCGAUUCUUUUUACAGGCGGAGCUCUAGCGAUUGGCGAGAGAGGGAGUUCUAAGGAGGAGGAGCCUAGCUGGUGAUGGGAGGUGCAAUGCUGUGAUUUUGUUGUUAGGGGCGGAGCCGAGUAGGUAGAUGAUGGUUUUAGUGGUUUGCAGGAGCAAAUUGGUUUAUACAGUAUGGUGUAAAUUCGAAAAUGGCGAGGCAUAGUCUAAAAAACUCAUUCAACAUUACAAACUCAAAACUUUUCAAAUAGGCUUUGCAGAAAUAAUAUAAUAAUAAAAAUAAACGACUUUUAUUUCAGAGAAAUAAUAUGUUGAAUAGCUUUAUGCAGAAUGUUAAAUUAUGAACUUCCAGUAGGCUAAAUUUAAAUGAAACUUCUAAAGUUUUUUUAGUAAAGCAGUAAGAGACAAAGAUCUGUUAAGGAUCAACACAAAAUUGCGGUUACAAGUUUGAGAUGGUGAGCUGUAGUUUUAUAAAAAAGCAUUCGACAAUUUUUGAGGAAAUAAAAAAAAUUACAAACAAAUGAAAAAUGAUAAACAAAAUUUGAAAGGUCUAUUAAGGAUCGCAAAAAACUGUGGCAGAUGUCCGGAAUACGUAAAGUAAAGCGGCGGAUUUAAAAAUUGAUUGCAUUCAAAUAUAGGUGUAUGCAUAUUUUCAUAUGAACACAUUCAACUUUGAAGUAGGAUCUAUAAAGACAAAGAUCUCUUAAAGAUCACAUACACGAUUAAUCGUAAAACUAGCUGUAGCAUUACUAUGAUGAAAAUAAAAUAUCGCAACAUCAUUAUCUUUAAAACAUUUUCGUUAUUGUUUCAUUGGUCUUUAGCUUGAGCAUCUCUCCACAUCCUAGUUAUUCUAAUUGUCAAAUGUUUCAAGUUUAGCGUUAUGUCUAUGCCAGAAUUUGAGCCAGUAUGUUGGAUAGCAUAAUAAAAAUAGAAUUUCCUCCUGCAAACAUUUUAAGGUUUGAUUUUUUCGUAAGACGAUGAUAAAGUGCUGGGUGCUUUUACUUUAUAUACAUAUUUAUUCGUAUUAUAUUUUAUUGCUUUAUAUUAAAUUUUAUCAAAUAUUGGUAUUUCGUCAUCUACUUAUGGAAUAUUUUAUUAAACGCGAUCAAAUAUAAUUUGGUUUACAUAGUAUA